UCUCCCCGUCCCCCCCCCCUUUAGUUUUCUUGUGGUGUUUUUGCAACGUGGGUGACGUGGCCUCACAGUGAUUUCCGUGAGCGUCCCUAAAGGAGGACCAAGGACGGGUGUGGUGGAGGCGAGGAAGCUGCUCUGAACUGGCGACGCUCGAGAAAGCGUGGAUGUACCUCCGCAAAAGCCGAAUAUAACUUGGAAAGAGCGGCGCGAUUUUCCUGGCCAUCUGGCGGUCCCGGCGCGUGUGGGUGGUUACUCACUUGACAACACGCUGCUCACUGUUCACUCGGAAAGAGAAAAAUCACCGUUUUCCAGCAUUUUUCUUGGAGGAGAACAAAACUAUCGCCAAAAUGUCUAUUUUCCCUAAAAUAUCUUUGAGACUUGAGGUUGAAAGGUACCUUAAGGAGGGUUUUAUGAAUAAGGAGGUUGUAUCUGCUCUAGGCAAACAAGAAGCAGAAAGGAGAUUUGAAACUCUGUUAAAUCACUUGUCACACCCUCCAUCGUUCACAACUGUCCGAGUAAACACACAUCUCGCCUCAGUGCAACAUGUGAAAAAUCUGUUGUUGGAUGAGCUUCGGAAGCAAUUUAAUGGAUUAAGUGUUCCUAUUCUUCAACAUCCAGACCUUCAGGAUGUCUUACUUAUUCCUAUUAUUGGACCUAGGAGGAAUAUAAAAAAACAGCAGUGUGAAGCAGUUGUUGGAGCACAGUGUGGCAAUGCAGUGUUAAGAGGGGCCCACGUCUACGUUCCCGGAAUUGUGUCAGCUUCGAAAUUUAUGAAAGCUGGAGAUGUUAUUUCUGUAUACUCUGAUAUUAAAGGCAAAUGUAAGAAAGGAGCCAAAGAAUUUGAUGGAACGAAAGUAUUCCUUGGCAAUGGGAUUUCUGAGCUAAGCCGCAAAGAAAUCUUCAAUGGGCUACCCGAACUGAAAGGCAUAGGCAUAAGAAUGACAGAACCGAUAUACCUCAGCCCCUCAUUUGACAAUGUACUGCCCAACUACUUAUUUUUACAGAAUUUGCCAUCUGCCGUCGUAACUCAUGUUCUGGAUCCUCAACCUGGAGAGAAGAUUCUAGAUUUGUGUGCAGCACCCGGAGGCAAAACUACACACAUUGCAGCAUUAAUGCACGAUCAGGGAGAAGUAAUAGCACUGGAUAAAAUAUCCAACAAAGUAGAAAAAAUAAAACAGAAUGCUUUAUUGUUAGGGCUGAAUUCCAUCAAGGCAUUUUGCUUUGAUGGAACAAAGGCUCUUAAACUCGAUAUGGUUAAGGAUGCUGAAGGAAAACCUCCAUUCUUACGAGAAUCUUUUGACCGAAUUCUUCUUGAUGCACCGUGCAGUGGAAUGGGACAGAGGCCAAACAUGGCUUGUUCUUGGACUUUGAAAGAAGUGACAUCAUAUCAGCCAUUACAGAGAAAACUCUUUACUGUGGCAGUUGAGCUGCUGAAGCCGGGGGGCGUGCUGGUUUACAGCACGUGCACCAUCACACUGGCGGAAAACGAAGAACAGGUUGCCUGGGCCCUCGAAACCUUUCCUUGCCUCCAGCUUCAGCCCCAGGAACCGCAGAUUGGAGGAGAAGGAAUGAUGGGAGCCGGCCUAUCAUUUGAACAAUUGAAACAGCUGCAGCGAUUUGAUCCAUCUGUUGUGCCAGUUCGGGACACUGACAUUGCUUCUCUCGGAGAUGCCGGAAUAGAAGACAUGAUUUGGCUGGCAAAUAAAGAUUGUAUCGGUUUUUUUAUUGCAAAAUUCAUAAAAUGCAAAAGCACGUAGGAUCCAUAGAAACGAAAGUUCCAAACAUUAGCUCUAUGGUUUUGUUUGGUUUUCUUCCUUCCUUCCUUUCCUGCCUCCGUUUUUUUGUGUUUUUUGUUUUUGUUUUUUUUUAGUC